GAACAUAAGACGGGAGAAGAAGGCAAAAAGAGAAAGAUAUAGAGAGAGAAAGUUAGAGAGAGAAGAAUUAGGGUUGGGUAUAUAACAUACUCCGGCGAUCGGUGGACUGGGAACUUUCUACUUUGGCUUAAUGUUGUUUGAUGGUCUGCCUUUCUCAGCAGGCACCUCGAAUGCACAAAUGGAUAGUGAAUCCAAGCAAGAGAGACUAAGGACAAGAUGGACACCAGCCCUCGAUAAAGUAUUUGCAGAUUUGGUGGUUGAGCAAUUUCAAGAGGGCAAUAGGACAAACACUGUUUUCGACAAGAAAACAUGGACACGCAUUCGCGAUGAGUUCAAUAAGCGCACAGAUCUCAAUUUCAACAACAAACAGCUAAGGAAACACCUAGAUGUCUUGCGUAUGCGCUACGACAGUGUGAAGUCUUCCUUCAUGAGGAAUAACUUUGUUCUGGAGGACGCCACAUCUGUUGGUUUUGAUUUAUGGGAUGACCUAGGGGCACAACCAAAGCCGGGGGGUUCAACCAAGAUCAAAGACUGUCCUAUAUAUGAGCAGUUAUGCUUAAUAUUUGCAGACUCUGGUGCUGAUGGAAAAUAUGCCCAGUCGAGUCAUUUUGAGGAUCUGGAAAAAUUAACUGCCAAUGGAGACUCGUGUCAAGAAAAUGGAACCCCUGUUUCAAAAAAUCUGCCUUUAAUAAAAUAUGAGCCAGGUAGUACUUGUGCAGUGCAGAGUAUUAUGAAGAUUGUACUGGAUAGGAAAAGGAAACGAUUAUCGGAGAACGGUUACUCCUCUGAGCAAACAAAAAAGAACGGAGAAACAUAUGGCAGCAUGGCAAAGGCUAUGAUGGAUAUGGUGGCUGCUUCAAAAUCAAUUCCUGUUGCAAUGGCUAAGAAACAAGAAAGUAAGUUUUCGAUAACCAAUUGUGUAAAAUUGUUGGAUGAGAUGGAAGGAGUUGAACCUCCUCUCUACUUUGCUGCUUUGGACUUGUUUGAGGAUCCAGUCCUGAGGGAGACAUUCCUUUCACUUAACAGCAAUAUUUUAAGGUUAAAUUGGGUGCGGGCUAAGUGCUAUCAUCAUCAUCGCUUUACCACUAACUUGUGGAAGUGAUAUGGACAAAAAGUGUAGUACUUUUUCUUUUUAGUUGAUGGUAAUAGUUUCAUAGAUUAUGAAAUGGAUUUUGUAUACUAUGCUUUUGGAUUUAUUUUCUAUUAUUAUUAUUAUUAUACUGUGAA